AUGGCGUGUAUGCACGAUCACAGCUGUGAGGACCACGACUGCUCGGCGAAUUGGUCUCUGUACAAGCACAUCGACUUCUCCAAGGCACAUUUCUUCUACCUGUCCUCCCUAUGCUGUUCGGAAAUUUCAUUAUUAACUAUUGAUGCUUUCUUUACCGUGUCCUUAGAAAGUCGAAUACGUCUUUUCAAUCUGGUCGCAUUCGAUUUGAGUACUCAUUUCUUCUCUGAUUCGAGUGUUUGAUUGUUUAACUAUGUCAUUAUCUAGGAGCUCUUCUCGUUUACUUCUUAUUGUAGCUAUUUUGCAACUUCUAUAAAUUCUAUUGUCUUCGUAUUUUCUCUGUUUUUCCCAAAAGAAUCUGCCAUAGCAAUCUUGCAUGUGAAUGAUGCUUUCUGGGGAAAUUACAGGGUCAAUGCUGUGAAAACUAGAACCAGUGUACUAUUUAUGCCUUGAUUCCUGGUGAUAGUUUUAAAUCAGCUUCUUUCAAUUUUUUGUCGUUUCCUAAGGUUACCAUUCUCAGCCUUGUUUCCUUGCAUGUAGAAUUGAGUGCGUGCCAUGUUUAAGAGAAUUUCUUCGUUGCCAUCACCAUUCUAAUCACAUAGUCCAAGUUCCAAUAAAUGUUAGGACUUGUAAGUUGUAUGCUAGACAAAUAUUUAAUCAUCUUAUAUUAUAUUUAUACAUUUGCAAAGACCCUAGACUCAUGGAAUACUAAUGCACUAGGACAAAGUUUUGAUUCCAUUGAACGUGGUUUUUCUGUAGAUGGUGUCGAGUAGUUAUUUAUGUAAUACCGUGAAUCAUAAUCAAAUGUUGGUUCUAUUUUUAUCUCUUCUACGCUUGACAUCCUGAUGCUGCUGUAACAGCACCUCUGGCUUAAAAUAUUGUAUCCUGAUUAUAUUGCCACUUUGUCUUGCAGUUAUAGUUUAAGGAUGUUAUGAAGUCAAUGUUGAGACGUAUUUUUCUUUAACUUUUAAUUGCCAAAUUUUUCCUGCAGUUAUAUUUUACGGAUGAUAUGAAGUCAUUGUGGAGAUUUAUUUUUCUUUAACUUUUAAUUGCUAAUUUUGUCCUGCGGUUAUAUUUUACGGUUGUUAUGAGGUUAAAUUUAAAUUUUUAUUUCUGUAAUUUUGAAUGUUUAGCGUUCGUGUUUUUAUUUUUUCUAACCACCAUCUAUGUAUUUUAUCAGGCUUCAGCCUUAAAUGAGUCUGUUUCUGGAAGCGUUAAGUCUGUUUUUAAACCCUGGGAGAGUCGCCUGAACUCUUCAGAGGUACACUUUCCUAUGACAAUACCUUUUCUUACCCUUAACUAUUUAAUACAUAAUCGCUUUAGGGAAUUAGUUUUAUUUUUCAUUAAUUUUUCUAUAAUUAGUUACUGUUACUUUUUUGUUUCGGUUUUUAUUCGUUAUUAUUUGAACAUGCACUAAAAUUAACAGUUCCCAACUAUAAGAUCUUGUUUGAAUGGCUCUAUGAGGCUAACUCUCUUCGCUAAUCAAGGAGAGGGAGGAAUAGAGAUGUUUUUUUUUGGGGGGGGGGGAUGGAAGAACUCGAAGCAGCCUGGCUAGAAGGCGUUAGAGAAAAUGAGGUGUGUAGGACAUGGUACUCACCUGCACCAACUCCAGCCAUGGCGUGCUGACCUGUGAACGUAGGUAAUUGACCCUAUGCUAUCGUUGGAUGCAUGCCUUUCGGGUCUACCGCUGGCUUAUUCCAGUUAGCCCAAAGUAUUCACUGACAAGCUGGGGCUCAGAUGGUACAGCAUAAGUUUGUCUUUUAGUUGCUAAUUACAAUCCAUAUUUCAUGGAAGAGUUCGCGCUUUUAUUUAUUGAAAUUCCUGAAAAGAGUUCAUUUUCUUUCAGACAAGCAUUUUAUAUUCAGAUAGUGUUUUUGUACAGAAAAUCUCUCAUGUCAUGUUUCUUGCAUGAUUUCCUUUGUCAGGGUUUUCUGGAAAGCAAUGAUGGUGAUCCCGAGUUACUUGUCUUCAUUCCGUAAGUAGACUUGCUAUCUUUAACUGCCAUGAUCUUGCUGUGAUAUUAUCAUUCCUAUGGUUUCAUGAAUUUUGCUGACCAUAUUUAUGUGGUGUGUCCAAGAUAUUUUGAUUAAGUAAAGAAUUAUUUUUAUUUGUUCCAAUAUAGUUUUCAUGUUAUUUGGAAAAUCAAUCUGUGAAUAGGGCAACUUUUCUUUGUGCUUGUUGAACCAAUGGAAUACUACUAAUGGAAAUAUUACGGCACUUCGCUCAUUAUUCAACCGUGUGUAAGAGCCUUGGUUAGAUAAAUCCUUUGUAAGUCAGCUACAGAAGUUGAUUAUUUUCCAUUGAACCCUUUCUGUCAGCCGGAAAUCUCAGUCUAAACAGUGAGUUAUGGCUUGAUUUUUUCAAAAUAUUGCUAAAGAUGAAAAAAAAACUUCUAUAUACCGUUUUUUAAAUUGUGCAUGAAAGGUAUGAACACUUCUUGUAACUCCAUCGAAAGGUGGUGUUUUGGUGCCUUUUAAUGGUUAUCGGAAUUUAGCCUACUUGUUUAUUUGGUCGUAUUCUCAGAUGCGUUGCACGUGCUGGAUUUUUUUAUCUGGUUCAUGUAUGCUUAGAAUCUUAGUUUAUUUUCGAAUCAUAAAAGAUAUAAACAUGUUAUUGCGUGAACUAAACGAAAGAGCCAUUUCGUUAUAUUUUUAUGGACCUACUAAUUAAAUUUGAAAACAAACGUUUAUUUUUAAUUUUUCUGCGAACGAGGAUCAUACGGCUGACAAGACAUCUUCAAAUUCGUGCAUGGAUCAAAAAAUAUUUUUCUACAAUCUAUGUCGAGUAUCAACUAAAUUUGCAUAAAUUUUAAAUGUCGAGUAUUAACCUUGUUUUUGAAACUAUCUCCGGUAAAAAAUGCUCCUUGAUUUUGUAUAAUUAACAUUAUACGAAUCCCCUGUUCACUAACUUUAAAGAAAAAAAAAUGCAGGACAUUUUCGACGACCUCAGUAUGAAAGAUAAAACUUGAAGCUUGUUUAAAACCCUGCGUGCCAUCUGGUUUAUGAUGUGCUCAUAUGCAGUGCCCUAUUUUAUUCAUUAAAUCAUGUUUACGUGGCAGAUUUACCUCAGAUGUCAAGAUAAAGAGUAUCUCAGUGGUUGGCGGUACCAAUGGGACAAGCCCUUCGAAAAUGCGAGCGUAUGUUCUAUGUUUCUAUUUUGGUGUAAAUUAACGUUUUUCAAUUUUUUUCACGUAUUCAUUUGUUGCCAUUAUACCUUCUUUUUUUUUUAGCAGAAGUCUGUGCAUUUUAAAACUUUAUCACGCAACAUUAAUUACAUGGUUACCAGAUGAUACUCUCUACAGUUGUGAGUAUUUUAAUUUAAAUGAAUUAAAUACCAGAGUAUUAGCUUAGAGAUUCUUUUCUUUGUUGAGAGGGGGGGAGACUUGUGCAUGCAUUUUGUGAGAACAAAAUUUAUACCAUCUCGAGGAAUAGAGACCCUUAAUUCCUAGAUGAACUAGAGAUACCUGCAUGCUAAGUCGAACUUGUUGAUAAAAUUGGCUGUAUAUUGUUUCGUUAUAAAAUUGGCUGUGCUGCACAAUGAAUGGAGUUUCUUUUAGAGGAUGAAUAUGGUAAUUCAAUUGCAAAGAAUGGAGAAAGUAGAUUGCUAAUAAGCUUUACACGUCUUGGUGUUGCAAUCCCUGAAGAACCUAAAGGCAAAAACAUUUCAUUUGAUGAAUUUUUUGGGGAAAAAAUUGUCGUUUCCUGAACCUUCUCUUGAGUCAUUAGAUUUUUAUUUUAAAGCUUUGGUCGGCUUGAUAGUGUCAGAACUUGACUGAUAUCCAGAUAGUUAACGAACCAUAUAAUUUCAAUUUUUAUUUUCUAUAUUUUUGGCUACCUGCCUGACUGAUUGACCAUCUCAAGUACCUUUCCAGGAAUUUAGAAUAGUAAGCUUUUCAGAGACAGCUGAAAAUUGAAACCAAUGAGAAAUCUGCAGGCUUAGAGAAGAAUGGAAGAUUAAUAUUACGGCACUAUGACUAUUUUCUUUCCAAAUGGUGUCCCGAGUAACCGUCCUGAGAAAUUUAAAGCCUGAUUUCAAGUGUCUACGUGUUGGUUAUGUUGUAUCACGCACGAUGGAAGGAAGGAGACCCACCCUUGAGUGUUUCGCGUUCAACUUCUCGUCUUGAGACUGAUUGAACCUCAUGCGCCUGAGGCUCCCUCCUUUCAGGCUCACCUCUUGAGGUAUGAAAAGCUGCAGCUUUUUAGCACGAAGCUGAACAACCGGACCCUUGGGUAAGUGGACGAUUUCAAGUGUCUUCGUGUUGGUCAGUGGAGAAGUAUAACAAUUUCAGAGCCACAUCAAGCUGGAAGUGUCUAGAAAAUAGGUAAAGGGCAACAUCGCUACGUAGACUGACCGAAAUAGUGCGACCCGAAUAUCCAUAUUGAUGAUAUAAGAAAAGCAAUUACAUGAGCUUCUAAACUGCAAGGGGUAAUCAUUUUUCCCAAUAAAAAUUAGAUAGUGGAAUGUAAAAAAGGGGGAGAGAUUCUUUCGUUCAUAGUGUACCUUUUCACUGGCAAUAGAGCACUGACUUGUCUUUCUCACUCUAACACCCAUUGGUUAGUACCAUCAAGAUCUUCACUCUGACGAUACAAAAAUAGAAACUUUAUUAUAGAUAUGACCUACAAUACAUUUCAGUUAUUUUUCUCAUCAGUGGAUAAUUUUUACGUUUGCUUUCUCUUCCUUUUUUUUUACUUAGCGUUUAAUUUCUGUGACAACUUUUUAAAUUAUUUUUGAUAAUCCUUGAAUUUUUUUUCAGAUUUAUCAAUCGAGAUGGUAUUGAUUUUUCGGAUGCUCAGACUAUGCAACCUGUCCAGGUAACUAUUCAUUCAUUUUAGAAUAUUUUUGUGAUUUUUCAGCAGGAUCUGAUCUAUUAUGGCCUUGUUAAUUCAAAGGAGUGGGAUUUGGCUGAAAAUUUGCAUGGAUUGCUGGAGUACCAAACAAGGUGAGCCUCUCGACAGUUUCAUGUCGUAUUCCUUGUUUCCUUGAAGUUGUGGCCUAUGACAGCACAAUAAUAAAACAUCUAUUAUCCUUCUUAAGCUCCAUUCUUUCAUUAAACCCUCGUCAGGCUACUUUCUCCUUUUUUUAUUUAUUAAAUUCGUUUAGAAUUUUUGACAAGUGUUUCAGUAAAAGAACAAUCUUUGGCGAGCUUGCUUUAAGAUGGCCAACAUGGUUUAACUUUCGUAUUACACUUCAAUGCUUCUGCCUCUGGUUGUAGUAAUAAUACUCGCAGAGGAUUGUAUGUCAAUGUGGGGAAACGUCUAUCCUAUUUUGAUACACUCGUCUUUAGGCUUUGUACCAUUAUCACUAAAUUCUUGUGAUUUCUCAAUGCCGGUGUUCAUUAAAUUACCUAUAAUCACCUAGUUACUACCAAUUACUUCAUUAUUUCCACUAUUUUGCCACACUGUAGCCACUGGUGAUUACCACAUCUGUGAGCUGCCAUCAAUUAUUUUAUUUAGAUCGUAAAAUACAACAAUCAUGCCCAAGAAAACUUAUUCAAAAGUAAAUCUCUCACCAUCUAUUGACCUUUAGAACACCUUUGGAACGCCUUAUUGUCCUAUUAAUCUAAUUAUGUCCGGUCCACAAGCAGCAGGAAUCUUUCUAAGAAAACAUAUAGUAGAUGAUAUUGUGUAAGAAAAAGAGCCCUUGGUUCUUCUCCGCGAUGAACAAUGUACUAGUGAUUCCGAUUUAUGAUGUGGCUGGCUAGAUGUAUGUGAUUACUGGAGCGCUUCUGUCCCUGCGCUCAGACUCACAGGGUUAUGUUCUUCCUGUUGGAUCAGAUACUCGAGGUUCCAAAGCGUUGGUAGUCUCACCUUGCAUUUUCCUGACAACUUCGGCGGAGAUACCACCCAGAUUUACUACAUUGGCCUGCGUGGUGAAGCUACUCAGGUACUUAUCGACUCCAAAACCCUCUCAUGGCUUGGUUCUUUCUAAAUCCGAGGGUUGACUAAUUAUGUGUGUGGGCCCCUCUUCCUCGUGCAGCUGAAGAGGGAUGUUGUAGCCACCAUCGUUUAUGAAGUCAUGCCCAAUCCAUCUGACCACAAGUGAGUUUUCUCAUAAUAACCCCCUAAAAUUAUUUUAAAAAUAAUCCCUUUGAUGAUAAUGGCAUUAAGCGCAAACCCUAAAACUCAUGAAAGAUUAGGAGCUUAUCCUGCAACAUAUCGACUCCAUUCUGGUUACUUAGCCGUUGAUUUCAUGGACUUAUCUAAUCUAUGCAGGACCCGUGCGGAGACCGGGGGCAUGUCUCAUGUGGAGUGA